AUGCUUGAUCUCCUCAAUCUCAUCCAAUCCUCUGCGCUUCACUUUUGGGUGGCAGAAUCUCAGCGUUUGUGGUGGGGCGGCGCCACCCAGCCAUAUUUUGUUGCCAUCGGCCUGGCAGAAGGAUUCUCUGCGACAACCACCCUAGACCAGACCAGCCCUGCCCUCCUCUCCUUCAGCUACCCUGAGCAGCAGGACCACAAUACAAUCAUGUCGGACAACGAGCACGAGUCUCUCGCCGUCGCCGCUACAAGCACGGAAGUCGCGCCACCCACGGAGAAGAAGGUCAAGAAGAUUAUUCGGAAGAAGAAGAGGCCGGCGAGGCCACAGAUCGACCCAGCAUUGAUCAAGUCUGAACCGCCUCCGCAGACCGGUACGACCUUCAACAUCUGGUACAACAAAUGGGCUGGCGGCGACAAGGUAGACAACGUCCAGACAGCAGCCAAGGGCCGCUGCAACAUCGCCAAGGAUGCCGGCUAUACCAAGGCAGACCGCGUCCCCGGAAGCUAUUUCUGCCUCUUCUUUGCGCGCGGUCUGUGUCCCAAGGGCGCCGACUGCGACUACCUGCACCGGCUGCCAGGAAUCCACGAUCUGUUCAACCCCAACAUUGAUUGCUUCGGCCGAGACAAGUUCUCCGACUACCGAGACGACAUGGGCGGCGUUGGCAGCUUCACCAGGCAGAACCGCACCAUCUACGUGGGUAGAAUACAUGUCACGGACGACAUCGAGGAGAUUGUGGCGCGGCAUUUUGCAGAGUGGGGGCAGGUCGAGAGAAUUAGGGUCCUGAACAACAGAGGCGUUGCCUUUAUCACCUACACCAACGAGGCGAAUGCGCAAUUCGCCAAAGAGGCCAUGGCGCACCAGUCGCUCGACCACGAAGAGGUGUUGAAUGUAAGGUGGGCGACGGCGGACCCAAAUCCCAUGGCCCAGGCAAGAGAGGCUAGGCGUAUAGAAGAACAAGCGGCGGAGGCGGUUCGGAGGGCACUGCCCGCCGAGUUCGUGGCAGAAAUCGAAGGCAAGGAUCCGGAAGCGAGGAAGCGGAGGAAGAUCGAGAGCAGCUACGGGCUUGACGGCUACGAGGCACCCGACGAGGUUCAUUUUGCGAGGGGCGUGAACGCGGUCAACCCCGUGGGAAGGCAAGGAUAUACGCUCGAAGAGGAGCAGCGGCUCAUGAUCGAGAACGGCGAUGCCGAUGGCAGACAACAAGAGACCGCUGAUGAUGCCGGUGGCAUCUUCUCCAGCAGCACCUUGCGAGCGCUGAACUCAGCCAAGGUUGCGGUUGCAUCCAAGCCCAAAACGGCUGCGCCCGCAGGCCCGCUGGUUUCCUAUGACAGCGAUGACAGCGAUUGA